CAGGAGACCUGCACUGACGGAAAUUGUACAAUACCUGGAUAUCCGUCGUGCAGAGACAACAGUACAUUUAGCAAGUUUCUUCUGGAUCUCUUCAAGCUAACCAUCGGGAUGGGGGAUCUAGAAAUGAUCGAAAGUGCCAAGUACCCAGCUGUCUUCAUUAUACUCCUGGUGACAUACAUCAUCCUCACUUUUGUACUUCUCCUUAACAUGUUAAUCGCUUUAAUGGGGGAAACAGUUGGCCAGGUGUCAAAGGAAAGCAAACAGAUCUGGAAGUUACAGUGGGCCACCACCAUCCUGGAUAUAGAAAGGUCAUUCCCUGUAAUUGUCCGUAAAGCAUUUCGUUCAGGAGAGAUGGUAACAGUUGGAAAAAAUUCUGAUGGCACCCCUGAUCGACGUUGGUGUUUUAGGGUAGAUGAAGUAAACUGGUCCCACUGGAAUCAGAAUCUU